AGGACAAGGAAUGAGAAUUUUAAUUGAUUUUCUUUUUAUUUAAUUAAUUAAAUGAACUUUGUGCUAUUAAAAUUACUUUCUUGAGCUCCGAAAAUUCACGGGAAAUUGUAGAGAGGACUUUAGGGCACAAAGAAUAUUACAAAAAUAUUUUCCGACCAAGAUCUUUAAAUGAAAUUUUUAAUUCACUUAUUAAUCCACUUGAUUAAUUGCUUUAACUUUUAACAUAAAUUCUAGAAAUGCAUUAUUAAAUGAUUUUUCAUUCCGAACGAAAUCGGGGCGUGACACUCUACCAGUGCAUAAUGGUAAAUAACACACAAAGAAAACCCCAAUAAUUAAGGAAAGUCAUAAAAGUCACUUUGAAUAAGAUAAAUAGUCAAGCAUAUAUUAAAAAAGUCAAUGACUACAGCUAUAAAAAACAGAGGGAGUAGAUACAUUUGAAAGAUUUUCUAGGAAAUUUUCUAUCGAAUGUUACAUAGAUAGUCCCAUGUAAUAUUGCAAUUUGAUUUUUGUGGCGAAUUUCUCCGUAGCAUUUUAGUGUAGUGGUUAAUCCGGGGCUUCCAUAACAAAAUCCAAUGAUACCAACAACACGACACAAAGAACUUAAGAAGAUAGUACAAAUAUAUGUGUUAUGCAUAUAUGCAAUUCAAUUCUUUUAUUUUUAAAAAGGAAACACGGUCAAAAUAAAAGCGCUCACAUGCACGUUACCCUUAUGAGCAUCUCCAAGAAACCAAGUCGACAUAUUUUGAGAUCAACGAAGUUAUCAUAUGCGCCUUAUCGUCGAUGGGCGCGUCGCCUAUCAAAGGCACACAUGCACGUUACCUUAUGAGCAUCUCCGAAAAACCGAGUCGACAUAUUUUGAGAUCGGCGAAGUUAUCAUGUGCGCCUUACCGUCGACGGACGCGUCGUCUAUAACCGAAAGAAAUAAUUAGCCGUAAAUACGAUCACCCAUCCGUGUCCAUUCUAAUCGCCUUGAUUGCAAGAGGCAAACGAGUGGGCCGGGCCGGGCCUAGCAGCCAGUGAGGUUUCUCUCUAGCUAGGGUUUAUGCCAGUACUAGUGUUUGUUUGUGGCGAUCAGGCUCUACUUUUUCUCGUCGUUGUCUUCCUUCUCCCCGGCCUCCAUCGCCGCCGCGCGCUUCUCUCCCACCGCCGCCACCGCCGCCGGUUCUUCCUUGCUGGUCUCCUCUCCCCCGGCGCGCUCCGUGACCCCCUGCCCUUGGCUGGUUGGCCCGGUGCCCCUGUUGGUCGCACUGCAGCGCCCGCUCACCGCGCGCGGCGCGCCCCCACCGCCCUUGGCAAGCUACCUCGCCGAAUAGUUCUGAUUCGAUUCAGUCGAUUGCCAGAGGAUUUGUGCUUCUUUUCUUGUAUGAUGGAUAGCAAGGGCAAAGUGAAGAAGGAAACGGAUGGCCUCCCUCCUCGCAAGGGAGGGCUUAAAUUUGCACCCAAGGUUCGUCCUAAGAAAGCUCCAAAGAUCGUCCCGAAAACGGAGCCGGCUGAGGAAAGCAAGGAUGAAACCGUAGAUAAAGAGCUGUUGAUGAAGCUUAAGACAUCGCAGAGCACAGAUCCCUUUGUGAGAAAAUUUAAGACUGAGAAAAAGGAAAUGCGUACUCAAGUUGCAUUUGGACAGGGGAACUCGUCGUAUGCAAGAUCAUUUCCCAUGCAAAGUUCAGCAGAUGGAUCAGCUUCAAAAUUACCAAAAGAAUAUGUUGAACCAUGGGACUAUACCCACAGUGACUAUCCUGUUACUCUCCCACUGAGGAGACCGUAUUCUGGAGAUCCUGAAAUUCUUAAUGAAGAGGAGUUUGGAGAGUCUUCUGCCACCGGAGCCCAAGAUGGUGAAUUAACCACAGCAGAAGAACUUGGACUAAUGCAUCGGUCAGACAAAGCACAGUUGCUUUUCUUCCAGAUGCCUGCAUCUCUUCCAUUACCAAAGCAGCCAGACUCAGUCGCAGAGACAGAUAAAGGCGAUGGGGUGGAUGCUGAACCUACAAGCACAAGCUCUAAGGAGAUGCAUGCAGGAACAAGGCCACCAAAAGUCCUUGGCUCUAAGCUCAAAGACCUUCCAGAAGGUUUCAUGGGGAAGAUACUUGUAUAUAGGAGCGGUAAAGUGAAGAUGAAGAUCGGAGAUUCACUCUUUGAUGUCUCUCCGGGUUCAAAUUGCAUGUUUGUCCAGGAGGUUGCGGCAAUUAACGCCAGAGAAAAGCACUGCUGCACCUUGGGAGAGAUCAGCAAGCGCGCGAUUGUAACCCCGGACAUCGAGCAUCUGCUGGAUUCUUUCGACAAGAUGGAAGCGUAAGCCCAUGCCUUAUGUGCAAAAGUCAUGGCCAUAUGAACCAUUUCAUGGGAAUUUUGUUUGCUCCUCAUCCAUGAGUUUCCUUUACUUGCCCUUGGGCUUCUUUAGACCAAAAAAACGCCAGUUUUAUCAAAAUGGCAAUUUUGAGUUUUCGUGGGAAUAUAUCAAACGGUGGAGAAUCAGUUAGCCAGCAAGUCACAAAAUGUCAAAGUGAACUGCUGAGCGAUUUUGUGUCCUCUUCUCAUCUAUAGCAGUCAAAUUUUGUCAUCGAUACCUACAUUGUUUGUCCUUGCAAUGAUUGGAUCACAGAAAACAUAACCCAUGAAGCAUGGUCCCCUUUUUUUUCCAUCUUCA